AUGGGUGGUGGCACGUCAAUAUGGGCAUCUCCUGAAUGGAAGUCCGACCCCAGUGAGAUUUUCAACUGGAGGCUUUGGUACCUGACGACCACAGUCGCUUUUGCUGGGUGCUCUUAUGGCUUUGACCAAGGCAAUAUCGGUGGCGUCUUGACACUGCCGAGUUUCAAGAAAGCCUUCGGGCUAGAUGUACUUUCUGAGAAUGCAGCUGAUGAGAGAGCUGGAAACAUUGCCGCUAUGCUGGCCGCAGGCGGCUCGGCAGGCGCGUUGAUAGCAGCGCCCUUCGCUGACUUUCUCGGACGCAAGAAGUCUAUGAUUGUCUUCGCAGCUCUAUUCCUCAUCGGGGCCACGAUGCAGGAGAUCGCGCAUCUGGACACGUUUUAUGCUGGCCGCUUUAUUGCCGGCCUUGCUAUCGGUGGAACGAGCAUGUUAGCACCACAAUUUCUUGGCGAAAACGCUCCCAAGUCAAUCCGUGGGUCUCUGACAGCAUCGUACAAUUUGUGUAUCAUAUUGGCUCUAAGCUUGGCGUUCUGGACAAACUACGGUGUAUCACUAUGGUCUACUUCCAGCAACUUGCAGUGGAAGCUAGCCUUGGGCAUACAAAUAAUACCAGGAGGGUGCAUGUUUCUAAUGUUGUGGUUUGUCAUUGAUACACCCCGAGCUUUGAUCGCUCAUGGGAAGAGGGAGAAGGGCCUUGAAAAUCUCUGCAAGCUCCGGGGCCUCCCAUCAGAGCACCCAUAUGUGUCCCAGGAGUACAUGGAAGUCUGUGCUCAAGUCGACCAUGAGCAGGAACUGACAAAGGGCUCGAACUAUUGGGUGGUCAUCAAGGACAUUGCCACGAUCCCAAGCAACAGACGUCGUUUCUUCCUCGCCACAUCCCUCUUCGUGUUUCACAAAUUCACAGGCACCGAUUCACUCAACUACUUCGCCCCUGAAAUAUUCGAGAUGAUCGGGGUGCAGUCAGGGUCCUUAUCCCUUCUGACAACUGGCGUAUAUGGCAUAGUCAAGCUAGCAACAACCAUCAUCUACGUUGCUUACAUCGUGGACCGCGUUGGAAGAAGACGACCACUUCUGGUGAGAAUUGCCCAAUUCCUGGGGUCGUGGUUAACAAAAACGGCAAAGCUUGGAGCUGUACUUCAAGCGACAGCCAUGCUCUACAUUGCCCUGUACAUCAGAUUUGCGAACCCUGACUCCACCGGUGGUACUCCGGCUGGAGGAAUUGUUGGCAUCGUUUGGGUUUACAUUUACGCUUUCGGAUGGUCGUUUGGAUGGUCAGUUGCACCUUACGUCGUGGCUGCUGAAAUCUUUCCCGCUCGAAUUCGAUCCUUCUCCAUGUCGAUCUGUUUCUUCAUCAACUGGAUCGUCGACUACGGAAUCACCAAGGCGACACCUAGCAUGAUGACGCACAUGGGUUGGGGCACGUUCCUUCUCUACGCUGUGCUCACUUACAUCGGCGCUGUGUUUGUCUACUUUUGUAUGCCCGAGUUCAAGGGUCGUUCUAUCGAGUCUAUGGAUGACCUCUUCCAGCAUUCGAUCUGGACGAUGUGGAGGCACGCUUACCCAACGGAGGAGGAAAAGGUACGCCAUGAUGUGCAGGAUAAUAUAGUUCAGAAGGCCAGGGAUGAGGAGGAGGGAGAACCGGGGGCUAAGAAAUCGGAGGUGACGGUUAUCCAUAAGGAGUGA